AUAUGAGUAUGAUUUCAACUACUCUAGAAAACGUGUUAUAUAAUCAAGAAAUAGUAGAACCGUCAAACCUUACAUCGUCUUUGGAAUCCAAUUUUAAUCUUGAUACGAAUAUGAAAGAAUCAAUUUUGGGAUCUGAACUUACGGGGCAAAUGGCAGAGAUUUUACCUACAAAUUAUUCAUAUAUAAUAAAUGAAUUUUGUGAACUCAGCCCAUUAAUUACUAAUGAGAAUAUUGCAAUAAGUCAAAUC